AUGCGAGACGUGCCAUUGCCCUUGACAUUGACCCGACGCCGUCUCGCCUGGAGCUGCCCCGACACACGUUGUCGGGCACGGCACGACUCCAACCCCAACGCCUCAUCGACCAACGCAGCCGCCCACGCCCAGAGCGAACCCGACCACGAUGGAUCUCAGAUCCGUCCUCAACACCUCGGACAACGGCGACCGCGGCCAGCCCAAAGCGCCUCCGACGCCUAAGCAGCAGCCGCCACCCCCGCGACCGCAGGAACCGCAGCAUCUUCGCCAGCAGCAGCAGCAGCAGCAGCCUCGUCCAUCGCAGAGCCCUGCCCAGUACUCGUAUCGCGACUACGCUCGUCCACCGCCGCAACCAUCGCCUGGCAAGCCGCCGCCGCAAGAGUAUCCCCCCCAUCCUCACCACCUCCAGCACCAGCAGCUCCAACAGCAGCAUGCUCCGCCGCAACACCAGCUCCAGCUCCAACACCAACAGCCUCCGUCCAACGCAUACCCCCCGCAGCCCUCCCCUUACCAAACUCCUGGGCCGUAUCCUGGACGUCCUGCGCCACCGCCGCUCCAGUCCACCGGCUCGUUCCACGAUGUGCGAUCCCCCGGUGGCCCGGCUCCAGCUCCUUCGCCAUACCGACCGGCGACGACACCGUCCACGGCCUCGGGAGGCCCCGGGUUCCCGUUCCCUCCCUCGCAACCUCCGCCCGAGGUGAACAGCCCCAUACAGCGCCACCAGUAUCCUCCCGCGCAAUAUCAACCGCAGCCUCAACCCCAACGACGCGAAAGCUUCUCCCAAGUUCCUCAAGGCGUCGGCCAAGGCCACGCCCCAGGCCCGUACAUGCAACAAGGGCAGCACCCAGUCCCACAAACACCACCCAUCGGUUCGGCCGCCGGCUCCCAUUCAUACAUCCAUCAACGCUCGCAGUCCACACACUCGACUCCCACACCGACUUCAGCUCAAAGCCAGCAUCAAUACGGGCCACCCUACGCCCAGGCCAGCCCCGUUGCCGCGUCGCGUCCUCCCCCGGGCGAUUAUAGCCGCGCUCCCUCCCAGCCGCCCACGCCCGUGGGCCCGCCCUUGUCCGCUGGCUCGAGACAACCUUCCCUCGCCUACGCGCAGCCGCCAAGCCCUUACCAACAAAGGCUUUCAUCUGCCGCCGGUGCUCAAGUCACGCAAACACAAGCACAAGCACACGCACAAAGCUCGCCGCCUCCUCCUCCACCGCCUGCUAAACGUAUUUCAACCAGCUACGAGUCCCCUGCACGUGAGAUCCACCAAAGAUCUCAGUCCCACAGCGAACGAGCCCCCAGCGCUUCCGUCAGUCCCAAGACCCGCGUUCCAUCUCUCCAGAGCAACCCCGACUUCGCUCCCCAAUCGGUCGAAGCAGAAAGCAGGUUGAACGUCACUGCUCAACCCAUGGUCAUUGACUCGGACCGCGCAGUCACGCCAGCGAAACGAAAAUUGGAGGAUCGUGACCUGAGCCCCAAAGAACUUGAGCACCGAGAAACUCGCCCUCCACCCGGUGAGGUCAACGGAGGUCACGUCCCUGGCCAAGCCCGAAGCUCCAAGUCCUCCAGCUCUCCCGUCAUGCCUCGGAAGAAACGCCUCCGCCGGCCUGAGCCGCCAAUCUGGGCCCAAAAUGCUCGGACCUUGGGCAAGUCGAUGCCAAAUCACGCCAACUUUGUUCUUCAAAAGAGAGCCCACGCGCCUGUGAAUGGCAAGAGUGAGGGCAGUGCUCGUCCCAGCCGCCACACCUCCCCUGAGACGACAAGAUCCCAUCAGGCCAGCCACAGCCAACCUUCCCCUGCUGAGCCAGGUCCUCAAGACAUACUCGGUCCAUGGGAAGCCAGCAUCACUGGCGUCAAGCCGUACGAAGAAAUGUCCAAGACGGUGGCUGAUUGGUUGUUUAUCAAUGUCAUAAACAAUGAAGAUAUGCAAGAGAUUGUCAGCCGAGGGAUUCAAUUUGAAAUUGAAGCCAAGCUGGGAACGCUCAUUGACAAGGACACCAACCAUCGUGUGGAUAGAUUACUCGAUUCCGAAUGCGUACUCCACGACAGUCCUCGAAUUGCCUUCCGGAGCAGCAUGACUGAGCACAAAUACUUCAACGACUUCCUCAACCAGACGGUCAUUCAGACUGACCCUCGUGCCCCCAAUGGCAACACCCGCGUCCAAGUUCUCUACAAACACCGCCGCGAGAUUGACCGCUUCUUCGAACUCCCGUCAGACCUCCAGGGCCGACUCCCCGGUUGCAUGCGUGCACGCCUCGGCUCGCGAAGCAAAAACGUUCGCGUGCGCGUUACAUACGAUCAAAAGACGCGCGAGGUUCUUGGCAAGAUCAUCAAGGCUCGCGUGGCGGAUAUUAACUUACACAUGCCCAUGUGCCCCAUGGAUUGCCGUAUCAGCAUCAACCUCGAAAUGGACUGGGAUGGCGACGUGGACGAGCUGGAGCAAUUUGCGACAAGUCAAGUAGAUCGACAGCCUGAUCGUAACAAGGACCGGCUCAGUUACACGCAUGGACAUUAUCAGAUCGACCUCACGCAGGUCUCCCAUUUAUCAAACGGCCCAGGGGGUGCUCAAAGGAUGGACAAGGAACACGAACUGGAGAUCGAACUGGCUCCAGGAAUUACCAUCGACCAGGGCCGCAAAGCCAUCAGCGGCGCACCGCAUCGAUACCAAGAGCUCGUCGAGGGCUUCGUCGACAACGUCCGCAUCCUCGCUCGCAAAGCCAAAGAACUCCCCUAAGCUCAAAACAUACGCAAACGACAACUUGUAUCCUCGGUGGACAUGGAAAACUGCUGCGGAGGAAGGACUAAUCUGGGUUUCAAACGGUAGUUCGGCGCUCCUUGCCAAAAUAUUAAGAGAAUGGGUGGAAGGAAAGAAUUGUGUCUAAGUAGAAUAGGGCUAUCAGGUUACGGGGC